AUGGAAUCACCUACAACAGGACGUAGCACGCAGGCUGUGGUCCUCCCCGUGCUAUCCUCCAUUGCAGUUGUUGUCAGUAUUCCUCCGAUCAUCUUACACUGGAAGAACCGUAAUUUCCCUGCUACUGCCCUCAUUUGCUGGUUUCUUAUCAGCAACACCUUUAACAUUAUCAAUGCACUUAUCUGGCCCACCGACGAUGUCGAUUCGUGGUGGGAUGGUCAGGGUCUUUGUGAUGUCGAGACCAAGGUGAUGAUAGCGAGCUAUGUCGCCGUACCCGGGACUCUGGUGUGUAUCUUCCGAAGCUUGGCCUCUGUGCUCGACACCAGACGUGCUAUGCUCGUCCCCAGCACCAGCCAACGUUGGCGUAACCGUCUGAUGGAUAUCUCAUUCUGUGUGGUCAUCCCGGUGAUUGCAAUGAUUACACAUAUUGUCUACCAAAGGAGCCGAUACCUGAUCUUCAGUAUUUCAGGGUGCGUCAACAACUUUGAUCAAAGCUGGGUGAGCCUUGUGCUAGCGUUCAUCUGGCCUCCUAUUAUCUGCCUUCUGGCUGCUUUCUAUUGCGGGAUAACCCUUUAUCGCCUUCACAAAUAUCGAAGCCAGUUUGGGGACAUACUCAACUCCGCCAACAGCCAUCUGAACAAGUCCAGAUUCCUGCGUCUAUUUUUCCUUGCGUGCAUCAUGCUUUGUACUAUUCUGCCAAUCCAGGCUUACGUUGUCUAUCGCAAUCUUAUGUACAAUUUGCCCUGGCAUCCAUACUCAUGGAGCCGCCUCCAUGGGCCACACUCACCAUGGAGCACCAUUCUCAAGAUUCCAACGCAAGGUCAAGUCUUCUUUGACCGCUGGAUUCCUAUUGCUGCGGCAUACGUGCUUUUCAUCUUUUUCGGAUGCUGCAAAGAUGCUUUGAGAUUGUACCAAUCCGCUCUUUGUCCCCUGGGCCUGGGAAAAUGCCUUUCUGGUUUGCGUACUUUGUCGCAAGGCACUUCGGCAUCCAUUACUGAAGGGUUUACAGCGAGCCGUGCGAAAUUGCUGUCUUUUAGGAAGCAGUCCUCUGGAACUGGAACAACGACCGACUCUACCACGAGCGGGACGAUCACCUCCAGCCACGAGGAUAUUGAAAAGGGUGCCGCGUCCCGACAAGAGAGUUUCUCUACAACAAGAUCGCGCUGGGUCUCAUUUCCGUGGUGUCUCUUGAGCCGCACAUUUCUUUCAGUCCGGGAAACAGCGACCUCUGGCCCAACAUUUUCCGUUCCAGCCACCACAGUUUCCACUAACGCCUGGGCUGGUACGAGCCAGAGCCGUGGUAGUAGUGACUUCACACAUGCCCCAGUCGGACCGGAUUCUAUUCGCGUUAAGCAAGUGAUCAGCCAAGAGAGUGAGCUGCAGGUGUGA